UCGGCGCGUCACGCGACGUCCCGGCACGUCCGCAGGAUUGAAAAACUGCGUUUCAUGAAUGAGAGGGCAAAGUGCUGUAAACUUUCAUUUAUUCUUGUUACUCUUUACCCCAGUAAGCUAGUUUACGACAACCACGUGUGACGAACACGAGACGUGACAAGAGGUGAACUUCAGUUGACGGAGAAGAGCGGAGGGGUAGACCGCUUCAAAAUAGCAUCCGCUUUGCCCUCGGGGUGGAGGGGGUUCCCCGAGAAAGCCAACACCUGUCGCACGCACGUCUCGGUGCGCAGUUACGCUCGUUGAUGUGUGCCGUGGUUCGACUGCAGUAUGUGGAACGUCGGGAGGCAUCACGCGAAAGUAUUGUUAGGAGCGUACAACGCUGCGAGGUGCGCACUUAGCCGGCAAUGCCUGUUCACGAGGACCGAUGUCGUGCGACGUAACGACGCCUCCCUGAGGGAGUACUGUUCGAAGUUCCUGCUGCGAAAGGGACCGCCUGAACAAACGAACGUCGUGACUCGUAAUUAUGCCGCAAAACCGAGCAGUAAAAGCGACAAGAUUGUGGGGUCCUGGUUGCUCACCUGCGGCGGCAUGGUUUUCGUCGCGGUCGCCUUAGGCGGCGUGACGAGACUCACCGAGUCAGGCUUGUCUAUGGUCACCUGGAAAUUGCUAGGAGAGAAGAUGCCUCGGACCGAGGCUCAGUGGACAUCGGAGUUUGAGCGUUACAAACAAUUUCCCGAAUACAAGAUAACCAACCACAGUAUGACGUUGGAGGAGUUCAAACGCAUUUGGUGGAUGGAAUAUUUGCAUAGAACGUGGGGACGUUUGAUCGGCGCUGUAUUCAUAAUUCCAGCAGGAUAUUUCUGGUAUAAGGGUAUGCUGCAACGUGGAAUAAAAAAGCGCGUUGUUAUCUUAGGAUCGCUGAUUGGCCUGCAAGGACUCAUGGGAUGGUACAUGGUUAAAUCUGGAUUGGAAGACCGUUUUACGGAACCUUCGGACGUGCCACGGGUGUCGCAGUAUCGUUUAGCCGCGCAUCUUGGAUUGGCGUUGUUCUUGUACACCCUGUUUCUCUAUAACGGCUUGCGUCUUCUGAUUCCCGCUCAAAAACUGACCGCCGAGUUCUCUGGCACCACAAGUAAUACACUGAAGGCGCUGAGAAGAUUCAAAGGAUUGAUUCACGCGACGAAAGGGCUGAUAUUUGUCACUGCUUUGUCGGGAGCACUCGUGGCUGGAAUGGACGCCGGUCUUAUUUAUAACACUUUCCCAAAAAUGGCAGAUAAGUGGAUACCCGAUGAAAUACUUGCCAUAUCGCCUGUAUUGCGAAACUUCACGGAAAAUGCAGCCACAGUUCAAUUUGAUCACAGGAUUUUGGGAAUCACCACCUUAGCCUUGAUAACUUGCUUGGGUGUUUUGUCCCGUAAACAUCAACUUCCUGAUUAA